AUGUCGACGAGCAAGCCGGAAGCACCGAGGACGUCGACUGCUGAGCCAAACAUCCGCUGGACAAUUGAUGAAAGCGUUCGGGAACUUAACGUGGCCAGCACCACCAACAUCAGCAAUACAGCAACAGCAACGGCAACGGCAACGGCAGCGACAACAGCAACAACCACUUGCUCAUCGUCAGCAACCACUAUAACCACGCCCACAGGCACACCACCAUUGCCCCCGCUGCCAAACACAUUUAUAGCGAUCAAAACGAAGAGCGACGUCGGCCACAGCAGCAACAACAGUAACAGCAACUGCAACAGCAACAGCAACAGCCUCGCUCUGCACAGCGGCAACAGCAGCUUUAAGUCGAGCGGCAGCAACGCAAACAAACCAAACAGAUCGCCCAAUGCACAGCAGCAGCCGCCGCCGUUGCCCAUGAAAAACGGCAGCAAGCAGAGCCAGCAGCAACACGACUCCCAGUACCAACAUCUCAGCUACAACAUGACACACCUGCAACACCUGAAUGCACGCACCAACAACACGCUCGACCGCAAACACGGCCACGGCGAGGCCAGCGCUGGCGGUGACUACUGCACGCAGAUCAAUCCGCACUAUCUGCAGACCUUCGACAGCUUGGAUCGGGAUCACUAUAGCGUGACCAAUCUGCAUGGGCAUCCGCAUCGCAGCCAGUCGAAGUCGCAGAUCUACAGCUACGGCAGCAGCGGCACCGCCAGCGACACCUCCAACCAGCAGCAGCAGCUGCAGCACCCACAUUACCACAGCAGCAGCAACAUUGCGCACAUUGAGCACCACUACCAGCAACACAGUCAUUCACACCAGCAGCAGCAACAGCAACAGCAUCAGCAGCAGCCACUGCCACACCACCACCAACACCACAGUCUGAAGCACACGAAACACAGCAAGGGCCACAAGAACAAGCACAGCUCGAAAAACAGCAAGUCUCAGGAUGAUUUUAAGGCCAUGCACAAGCAGCAGCAGCAACAACAGCAGCAGCAACAAAAAUGCGGCAAGCAACAGCAGCAGCAGCUGUCUAGCAAACGCACUUGCAACAUCCAGCAACCACAACAGCAGCAUUAUUCCAGCUCCAGUGAUAGUUUACCAUUUGAUAAUAACUAUUAUUAAACUGCACAAAAACACACACACGCAAACCACUCGCACAGUCACACAUUGCUGUCUCAGUUGUAAAGUGUUGUCGUUGCCCACAGCGCACAUCCGAAGCCAACACGCACACACAUACAUAUAUAUAUAUAUACAUAU